AUGAGUUGUAUCGUUUACAUCUUGAGUGCAGCUCAACGUUUUCGUGAGUCGAGUGCGUUCAAGAAAGAGAGAAAAUUCGAGCGACUAGUAAAACGGCAAAAACCAACUGGCUUUAACUCUAAAAACUCGAAUGAUACUCGUACAGUGAUAAAUUUGUCGAAGAAAGAGUUGAAGCAAGGCGCUCGGGAGGUACUCGAAAAAGGUUUGAACUUUGCCCCUACUCCAAAAUGCAUUCCUUAUGAAGACGUGAUUGGUAGUGUUGAGGAAGUGAUUCAGCGUAAUAAUAUACCUACUUUUGAGGCAGACAUAUUAAGACAAGAUGCCGCCCUUAUAUUACGUCAAUCAAAACCACCUAAACCUAAUAUUACGUCGGAUCAAUUGUCCGCUUUACGAGAACUACAGAAGGAUGAAGACCUAAUAGUCCUUAGAGCGGAUAAAGGGAAUGCUACUGUGGUUAUGGAUGUCACAGACUAUGACAAGAAAAUACGACAUCUACUGAGUGACGUAAAUACUUACCGAAAAGUCACCUAUGACCCUACGGCAAGAACAAACCGGGCUACGACCACUUUAAUCAAGACCUAUAGGGAUGCUAUUGGACAUGAGACAACAAAAUAUUUACUCCGGCCGAGAAACAUACAACCACCUAAAUUAUACGGACUACCCAAAAUACAUAAGCCAAAUAUCCCGCUGAGGCCGAUAGUAAGUCAGAUUGACUCGCCCACCUACGAAUUGGCAAAACAUGUAUCUAAAGUACUACAACCGUUAGCAGGCCAGACAAAAUCUCAUGUCAAGGACUCCAGACGAUUUGUUGACAUCUUGCGUUCGACUACGGUUGACCCUGACGACUUGAUGGUCAGUUUUGACGUCGAGUCAUUAUUCACGAAUGUGCCAGUCUCUGAAUGUAUGGAUGUUAUAAAGGUGAAAUUACAGUUAAAUAACAUACCGGCUGAAUAUAUAAAAUUGCUACACCAUUGCCUAGAAACCAGUUACUUUGUUUACCAAGGCGAGUACUACCUGCAGAUAGAUGGUGUGGCAAUGGGGAGUCCAGUCGCUCCUCUAGUCGCCAACAUCUGGAUGGAACAUUUCGAGGAGAUAGCCAUGUCAACGGCAAAGGCUGUAACUACUAUUAAACUGUGGAAGAGGUAUGUAGAUGACGUAUUUGCCAUCAUAAAGGGGGACAGUGAUAGUGCAACGAAUUUCUUAAAUCAUUUGAACAGCAUCCACAGAAAAAUUAAAUUCAACUGUGAAAUGGAGAAGAACAGAAAAAUGGCAUUCCUUGAUGUUGAAAUUGGAGUACGUAUGGACGGCUCUGUGAGCCAUACUGUCUACAGGAAAACAACGCAUACCGACCGAUAUCUUCAUGCUAACUCACACCACCAUCCUCGACACUUAAACGCUGUAGUAGCAUCUUUGACCAAUCGCGCAUAUGACCUUUGUGAUGAAGACCACCUACAAUCUGAGCUAGCACACGUUGAAAAGGUCCUACAGCGGAAUGGAUAUAAAGUGGGAAACACAGCUACACGGGAUCAUAAGUUACUGCGACAGUACAGGGUUGAAAGACAACCAGCAUUUAUGCCAUAUGUUAAAGGAGUGACAGAUAAGAUAGCUAGAGUCCUGGGCAAAUAUGCGGUGAAGACUAUCUUCACUCCUUUCAAGAAGAUAGGGCAAAUGUUGCGUUCACCUAAAGAUAGCUUUCCCCUGGAAAAACCCGGAGUUUACAAAAUCGACUGUAGUUGUGGUAAAUCCUAUGUUGGACAGACGAAACGUACGGUAUCUUGUCGUAUCAACGAACAUAUCAAGGCGAUGAUAGGGGGUGAGGAUUGGGACAUGAUGACCAAUGGAGGUCUGGUAUCUUCACCAGAAAUUCCCUUUGGUAAUAAGGGCGAGUUCUUCGAUCUCUCUUUAGAACUAGACCCGAAGAGCUUGGACUGUAAAUGCAGCGCGUCCAACAGACGAACUGGUUUGACUGCUAACAUUAAUCGCGACCGUAACCUAAUUAUUUUAACCGAUGUGUCGAUAGAAUUGCACCUGUCGUAG